GUAGUAAUGUGAAAUUAUAGAAAGCUGCUAUCAUCAUUGUGUUGAAUUGUGAAAUUAUUGAAAAGCGGCUAUCAUUCUGUUGGUGUCAUGUGGGAAAUUAUCUGUAAAAAGCUACAUGGAAGGGGUUUAAACAAUACAAGGCCGGCUACCUGUGCAUGACAGUAAAUAUUUUUUUCAAAUAAACAUCUAGUACUGUGAUUACGACUGAUACUCGACCAAUACAUGUCAUAGCAGGGUAGUGCUAGUACUCGAGACUAAAUAAUAUAUAACAUGAGUCAGUUCUCUGGCUUUGUUGAUGAAAUCAAAGGCAUCGCUGUAGACAGUUUUCUGCCGGAUAACGCGAGCUCAUGUACGGCCUAUUUUCUGUCCCACUGUCACGCAGAUCACAUGCGAGGGCUAAACGAAGUGUCGUUUUCCGCCCAUAUUGCCAGCAAAGCGGACCAUUUCAUUUACUGCUCCGAAGUUUCCGCUCAGAUCCUGAAGAAUUUGAUGAGAGACAACGAGUCAGUGCUGGCCAAGAUCCAAACCCUGACCCUGGGCCCCAACUUGGUGCAGGUGCCCAUCCUUGACUCGGACUACCAGCUCGACCUGGUUGUCACCCUGAUCCCAGCCGGCCACUGUCUUGGCUCUUGCAUGUUUCUUUUUGAAACGGGAGAAAAGACAAUAUUGUACACUGGAGACUUCCGGUUCAAUCCUUCCGACUAUUCAAAGAUCUCAUUUCUGCACACUAACGGGGAGCCAAGGGAAUUGGACGCCAUGUACCUGGAUACGACCUUCUGGACGCAGGCCAACCAGCACUUCCCCUCUCGGCACGAGAGUCUGAACCUGAUCAUAACGGAAAUAGACAAAUUCCGUAAGCGCACUGCUGAUCGCGGCCACGUCCACAUAGACAAACCAGCCAAGAUUGGAUCUGAAUUUUUGAUAAUGGAGCUGGCGAAAAGGUACAGGAAAAAGGUUCACGUGAGCAGUGAUUGCUUCAACCUCUACGAUGGCAUCCAGGAGCUCACGUCCUGCAUCACCAGGGAAAGUGGAGAAACGUUCCUGCACAUGUGUCAAUCUUACAGACCCGGCAAAGGAAGGAGGCGUCUGCCUUGCGUUCAAGACUACAUUCAUGUCCUGUAUAUACGGCCCUCUGCUCAAUGGUAUUCAGUCGGAGGCGAGUUUUUUCCUGUGAGAGAACACAAAGGGAUAAACCUGGUGCAGAUAUCCCAUUCAAUGCACUCGUCGCGUGCUGAACUGAUCGCAUUUGUCAAAUAUUUCAAACCAAAGAAAGUCGUGCCGUGCGUUGUUCCAGUUAACGCUACAAUGGAACAGGUCCAGGAAGAAAUAGACGCAGUGUUAGUGGAUGGCUGAUUCAAUGGCAUCAAACAAGGAAACUGAGCACAAAUACUCAAGGAUCAAAUUGGCCCAGGAUCUAUAUAUGUGAAGAGAGGAUGCAAUUCAAUUUCAUGACUGAUUACUAACAGCUGGACUGAAUUUGUUGAAUACUCUUAUUGCUGUUGUUUGUAUUCACAUUUUGUCAAACACCCACAUUAUAGUGCACAAUGACUCAGUCAAUAAAAUUAUAAAAGCGUAUGAGUAAAGGCAACCCUUCUGGCAAACAACUUACGAAAACCCUGUCCAGGAGGACAGAGCUGGAGUGGUCCCAGACGACCCAGACUAUUAUGUACUUAAAGACUGAAAUAAAGUAUGAUGAUUUACUGA